AGUUGUAUUAUUUGGAUAUUUUGCAGCAUGUUUGUUUUCACAAUUGAUAAACAUUGGGGGGAGGAUCAGGGGCUCCUUAGAUGAUGUGGCAAGAAAAGAUUUAAGUACAGUACUUUACCAUGGCUGAGUGUUCAUCUGUAAAUAAAAUGGCGUCUGUCUGCCCAGAAGAGUCCACAGAAAAUGAUGCCAUGCCAAGAGAAAUGGCUGGUGAAAGCAAAUUAUACAUUGAUAUUGGGUCUGAUCAAAUUCCAAUUGUGUAUAGAGAUGAAUACAACAUACGUCUUUGUGGCAUGGAAAAACUACAUCCUUUUGAUGCCGGAAAAUGGGGUAAUGUUGUGAAGUACCUAAAGAAGCGUCAGCUGGUAAAAGAUACAACUUUGGUGGCCCCUAAUGAAGCAUCAGAGGCAGAUUUAAGACUAGUUCACACAGCAUCGUAUUUGCAAAGUCUCAAGUGGAGUGUCAAUGUAGCCAAAAUUACUGAAGUCCCACCAGCAGCCCUUGUACCUAAUGUCUUGUUGCAAAAGAAAGUUUUAAAACCUUUUAGGUACCAAACAGGAGGUAGUGUUCUGGCAGGAAAAUUGGCUGUGGAACGUGGUUGGUCAAUAAACAUUGGUGGAGGUUUUCAUCACUGCUGUGGGAGCAAAGGUGGCGGUUUUUGUGCAUAUGCUGACAUAACACUUACUAUUCAUUUCCUUCUCUCUCAUUAUCCAAAGAUUAAAAAGGUCAUGAUCAUUGAUUUAGAUGCUCAUCAGGGUAAUGGACAUGAACGUGAUUUUAUUGGUCGUAAAGACGUUUAUAUUAUGGACAUGUAUAAUAAGCAUAUUUAUCCCAACGACACCUUCGCAAAGGGAGCAAUUAAGCGCAAAGUUGAACUUAGUGCUUUUACAGAAGAUGAUGAAUAUUUGGAAAAAGUUAAUACGCAUGUAGAGGGUGGGUUGAAUGAGUUCAAUCCUCAUGCGGUAAUCUAUAAUGCUGGCACAGACAUAAUGGAAGGUGAUUCAUUAGGCCUCUUGUCUGUAACUAAACAGGGAAUCAUCAAAAGGGAUGAGAUCGUCUUUCAAAAAGUGUCCCAGCGGAAAAUUCCAAUUGUAAUGGUGACAAGUGGAGGAUACCAACGUACCACCGCAGCUGUCAUAGCAGAUUCCAUUACCAACUUGAAUAAGAAAGCGUAUAUCGACUUGUCUGUACAGUAAUCAAAGCUAUUAAUUCCCUAACUUAAUAGAAGGUUUUGCUUUGUGUUCCUGGAUCUGUCCUACAUAGUUGCAGGUAUUUUAAUGGGUAUUUUAUGAUAAAUUUGUUUGUAUAAAAGCUUGUUUUAAUUGUCUUUGGUUAUUUAAUCUAUAUCCGAUUUACACAAGAUCAUUUGGCUUGAGGAUAAUACUUUUUAAUGUCUUUUAUAUACAAAUAAAACAUUUCUUUGGGAUGCUCUAAUUCACAAAUUUUUAAUUCAGUUGUCUCCUGCUUUUUCAUUUUUAAUGUUUGUCCAUUACUUAAGUAAGAGCCAAAUUCUUUAUUUUUCAAGUGUGAUUGGAGUCUUAAUAUGAAAGAAAUAGGUAAUCAUGCAAGUAUUUUUGAUAUGUAGGAGAUUUUUGUAUGCUACAGCAAGUGGUUGUUUUCUUCAGGGUAUACUACAGUUUUGAACAGGUUGUCAGACCCCAUUCAGGUCUAAUGCGUAAAGUAAAAAGAGCCAUGUGAUUUUCUUGACCUUUUAUAAUACCUUCAAUUUUGCCAGCUCUUCCCUCAUUCCUAAUUACCAAGAUUUUUUUUUUUCAUGUUCAUCUUUUCUCUUGGAGAUUUCAAUCUUAGUUGCUCUAGUCUUUCGAAGUCUCUUUCUUAAAUAUUCAAAACACACUUUAGUCUAUCUCAGACAGACCUUGUGAAUCUUAAAAUGCCCCAUUUUGAAUACCAGUUGGACUUCAAGGCAAGGAUCAUGAGACCUUUGUUUUGUAACUUACUGAUAUUAUUGCUUAUGAUAGUAUACCCUAGUGCCUGAAAAAAAGCUUAGUCAGCUACACAUCUUGCUUGCAACUUUAAUCUUUAACAAUGUAAAAUCAUUUAUUGCAAAUCUCUCUCCAGCUGUCACCAACUGCACAAGAUUGGCUCUUUCUGAAUUUUUAGUAGUUUUCCUGAGGAUUGCUGACUUACCCUCCUUUUAUCUGCAUUAUAGAUUUUUUAUGUAUGUGAGUAUUACUUAGUUAUUUUCCAUCUCAAUCUAAGUAUAAAAUGAUGCAUGGAUCUUCAGUAUCCAUUACGUAUAUAGACUCCAGAAGCAUAACUUUCAAGAUAAAGUUUCUGGACACAGGUUAAUUUUCUUUUCUACUAAGUUUUCUUUUUAUGAAUAGUAGUGUAUUCCCUCUGCAGGUGGUCCCUAACCCAUGUAAGUGGACUGUUUCCUAGAAAUGUAAGUUAAGCUGCGUGAAUGUGAAUUUUAGCCAGAUAAAGUGUUCACAAAGACAUAAGAAUAUAAAAGUAAUUAUUCAAGAAUACAUAUGGUAAGUACUGCCAAAUAGAAAUGAUAACCAAAAAUGUAGAUUCCAACUUAAUAGAAAAAUAAAUGGAUUACCAUAGAUUGAAGCAGACACUAAUUAUAGUGUGAGUAAUUUUGCUCAUUUUAUGCUAGUACUUUGAUAUUAAUUUGUUAUAUGAUAUUAAUGGCUGGUGGAAAAGGUUCAUCUCAGGAAAAUGACACAUGCUUGGAAUGGGCCAAAAUUUAUCUUCAUUAGCUCUGAACUUGGUUGUGCACCGUGGCUUUGAGUAGUUUCAUUGAUAUGAGCUUUGCAUCAUUUGGUAAUGAAUAAUCUCUAUUACGUAGCUUACUUUCAGAGUUCAUCCAAUCUUUAUCAACAUUUUGUCAUCAUGUUUAGGGAAAAUAAAUGAUAAGAACAUUAAUAUGCUGCAUGCAGCCAGUGGAUGACUAAAUAAAAAAAAAAUGCUGCCAUUAAUGCCAUCUUUUGAAAAAAAAUUGGGGUCAAAUAUUCUCAGAGUGGCAGGAGGUCAAAAGGCAGAGUUUGCAAACUAAAUUUACCGUAUAUACUCGUGUAACAUGCGAUCUCGCAUAUCAUGCGACCCCCAAAUUUUCACCCUAAAACAAUGACUUGAUCAUGUAUCUUGUGUAACAUGGGAAUUCAAUUUUUGAGACAAAAUUACAAUAGGCUAACCUCUUUUCCUCGUGUUUAUCUGUCCCAUUUUCUAGUUAGGCUAACCCCUUUUCCUCCAUCUCUUUAUCUAAAAGAGAAAGCAAAAAGUAUUGUCAGUAAUGUUAUACUUGUUGUGUAAAUGCAUACAGCCAGAAACAGCUGAUUUGCUAUGAACAACCGAAUCCGAUAACUACAGCAGUUUCCUUGCAUUUCAACCAUCAUAUGAUAGUAAAAAAUUACUGUAGUUAUGUUACAAAUGAUGCUAAAUAGAAUAGGACUGAUUUAUUUUUACAUUACUAUACUGUAUCCUCAUUCCGAACUCGCUAUGAAGAAAAGAUUGGGAAGGUCGUAUACUGUUAGUUGUAGCUGAAGCUGAGGAAAAGAAUGUUCAUCUGCUAACGACUAUUAUCAUGCAUUGGCAACAUGGAACCUUCGGUAUAGCACCAUCAAAAUUGACCGUUAACAAAAUUUGAGAGAAAUGUGUUUUAAUGGAAACUAUUUGGCAUGAAAGAACACAUUUUACUGUGUUCACUCCAAUAAAAGCUAUAUAUGUAAAGCUCGUAUUAUUCUGAUGAAAUCAAGUGAAAAUAUCGAACGCAAUCUGUUGAUUUUUUUACACAAUAAACAUGCCCUCAGCGCCAUCUACUAAUGAAAAAAAUAACUAAAUUUCGUUCACAACGAUACGAAUUCAAGUGAUAUUUUGACUUGAACACACAUUGUAUAACAUAAAAUAACCUUGUCCCAUAUCAAUAGAGUAUCUUGAGAUUCAUUUACACUAAUUAGAAGCAAGAAUAUCGCUCUGAUUUGACUUCAGUACAGCAAAAUAAACUUUCCCGCAAUCGUCCUCGGCUGAUUUCCAAACCAAAACAUUGAUUGCUAUUUUUGUAUUUUAUAAUACAACAAUAGUAAUAUGAAAAUACAUACAACAAUAGUAAUAUGAAAAUACAUACAAUAUUAUUUGAUGCAGUGAAGUAGGGCAUAACUUUUUGAAAGAUCCAUGGAAAAGAUGCAUAUUCAUUAUGUUUGUAUUUUAUCAAACAAUACUAGUAUGUGAACAUUACAUAAGCUAAUUUUAAAUCUCGUGUAAGAUGCGAUCCCCUUAAAAUUAUCUCCAAAAUUAGGUCUUCAAAAGUUGCAUGAUGUGCGAGUAUAUAUGGUAUUUUAAAUUCAUGGAUUUGCUACAAAAUUAUGAAUAAAAGUAAAUAGGGUUUAUGCAAGUUCAGGAGUUUGUAAAGGUUGAUUAGUAUUUAUUACCCCUCUUUUGGAGACUUGUAUCCAGCCUGUGAUAUAAUUUACAAAUUAUUGUGGCUUUUUGGUUGAAUAUAUGAUGUUAUUUUAGCUAUAGUAUUUUAUAAGAAAUAUAGAGUUUAUUUUUGAAGUUUGUACAAUGAUUUCAAGCUAAUGGCAUAACUUAUCAUUGCAACCUUAAGGCACUUAGUAAAAUCUUCUGUUUUGUGAAAUAGUUUUCAGACAGUGGUUUAUUAUCUAAGUUUAUAUUAAUCUCUGGUUAUUUUAUUCAUUCAAAUCAUGUAAAAUGUUGUGCAAUUGUUUUUGGUUAUUUAGGUUUUUCUCCCUUCUCUCUUUGAGCACAAUUUUUCAAAGAAAACAUGUUCAACUCAGAGAGUGAAAAAUUUUAUGGCCCAAAGAUUGGGAGCUAAAACUAUCUGUGUUUUAGAAUAGGAAACCUAAAUGUUUGCUAAUGAAAUUACUCGAGUUUAAUCUCUUGAAAUUAAAGCAGUAUCAGCAGUCAUGUAGAGAAGAGCCUUACUUUGAAUAUAGUUUUAAAAUCAAACUCAUUGUCAGGAAACACAGGUCAUAAUGACUUGAAAAACUUUGUUCAUGAUUCUCCUAGCUUUAAUAGUUUUUAGUCUCAGAAAAGGAACCGAGUGAUACAAACUGUGCAAUAGAAAUGGUGUGGCUAUAGAAAAACAAGUAUGUACUACAUUAAAUGAUGUA